AUGAACUCCAUUGCUCAACAAUUUCGACACACAAACCCUGCUCAUGAAGCAUUUCAAGAUAAUGAUAAUGAGUUUUUUGAGUCUGGAGUCGAUUUGAAGAUGGCUCCUUCCAUAACAGUUCCUCCUAUUUCUCAGCCUACAGAGUUUUUAAGAGCUCACACAGACGACGCAUCCAAUCCUGAUUGCAAGAUCAAGAUCGCACACGGAACUACCACACUAGCUUUUAGGUUCAAGGAAGGUAUUAUCGUGGCCGUGGAUUCCAGAGCAACUGCCGGUGACUGGAUCGCUUCUCAGACCGUGAACAAAGUUAUUAGAAUCAAUCCGUUUCUGCUAGGAACAAUGGCUGGUGGUGCCGCUGACUGUCAGUAUUGGGAAACCUGGCUAGGUACUCAAUGCCGCUUGCAUGAACUUAGGGAGAAAGAGAGAAUCUCCGUCGCCGCUGCAUCUAAAAUCUUGGGAAAUUUGGUCUACCAAUAUAAAGGCAUGGGCUUGUCCAUGGGUACCAUGGUUUGCGGAUUUACCAAAAAAGAAGGUCCAACAAUUUAUUACGUAGACUCUGACGGAUCAAGGCUGAAAGGUGAUAUGUUCUGUGUCGGAUCAGGUCAGACAUUUGCCUACGGUGUAUUGGACUCCAACUACAAAUGGGAUCUAUCCGUUGAAGACGCGCUUUACCUAGGAAAGAGAAGUAUUCUGGCUGCCCAGCACAGAGAUGCAUACUCCGGUGGUUCCAUCAAUCUUUACCAUGUUACAGAAAGUGGUUGGGUCUAUCACGGAAACUUUGACUUUGAUGACACAUUUUGGAAGGUUAAAGCCUCUGAAGGUUCCUUUAACAACGUUGAUGCUUGA